AUGUUUUACAAAGUGGGAAUAUUUGCCCUAACGCUUCUAGUAGGCAGCUUGGCGGUUCCCGCUCAAGAUGACUUGUCCAUCUUCUUCGACCACACCGACUCCGGUUCUCGCAUCGUCGGUGGCACAGUAGCGGGUAGCGUCCCCUGGAUGGCAGCUCUCACUAAUGGACUGCUCGUAAGAAGUCUAUGGUGUGGCGCCUCAAUCAUCUCGGACAGACAUCUGCUAACCGCUGCGCAUUGUAUAGAUGGAGCUUUUAGCUGGGGUAGUUUGAGCAGUUCUCUCCGAGCCACCGUCGGCACCAACCGUUGGAACAGCGGCGGCGUCCACUACGACUUCGCCGGAAACAUCACCCACCCCAACUACGUGAAGGGAAUUAUUAAGAACGACAUCGGAAUUCUCGUGACUAGAAAUGCUAUCAGGUUUACAGCUUCCAUCGCUCCAGUUACAUUGAACUUCGACAACAUUGGUGCAGGCGUCCCGACUACUGUUAAUGGAUGGGGAAGGACGAGGGCCGGUGGCGCCAUCUCAGCUCAGCUUUUGGAACUACAAGCGGCCACCAUUGACGGGCUACUCUGUAUGAUCGAAGUCCCACGCGUCGCCAACGACCUGAACCUACCACAAAGGCCACCACCAGUCGAACCCCAUAUUGAGAUUUGUACAUUCCACUCGGUGAACCACGGCACAUGCAACGGCGACUCCGGCAGUGCCCUGAUAAGGAGAGACAAUCGUCAGCAGAUCGGUAUUGUCUCCUGGGGCUUGCCGUGCGCACGCGGCGCUCCCGACAUGUUCGCAAGAGUCAGCGCAUACAAGAGCUGGAUCGAGAGAUCUGUCUUGUAA